AUCCCCCAGGUAGUCCUCCAUCCCAUCCACUCACUCACACUCACACUCACACUCACACUCACACUCACACACAAUAUCAACACCAACACCAACACCACAAAUCAACCAACCAACCAACCAACCACCACCAACAAAAAUGCAUCUCCUCACCUUCCUCACCACCCUCACCACCACCACCACCCUCCUAACCCUAACGACCGCAAACCCCGCCCCACCCCCCGCCACAUGCGGAACCUGCAACCCGCUCUCCGGCGAAAACCACUGCGACGUGACCACCUCCUGCAUCAACACGGGGACCCGGUUCCACUGCGCCUGCCGCGCCGGCUACAAGGCCUCGCCCAACAACAACGACAUCAACAAGCAGUUCCGGCUCAAUGUCCCCGGGUACCAGUUCCUGGUGUUCACGCCUGAGUCCACCCAGUGUAAUACGCUGUGUGAUAAUCCGUAUGGUGCCAGUCCGCAGCUUUGUGCGGAGGUGCCGAUUUAUAAUGGGUGUGCUGUUUGAGGGACUGGAGGACUGGAGAGAAAUUGGGGAAAUGAGAGGAUGAGAGGAUGAGGAUGAUAUGAGAAGAUGAGAGGAGGGGGGUGCAUGGGGAAGGAGGGAUUGUGAGUUGUGAGUUGUGGACUUGUGGUGAUGAUAAUGGUGGCUAUGACUGGGGACGGAGGUUUAGGGGGGUGUUGGGUGGCGCGUGUUGAUUGAUGGUUGUGAUUGUGUAGUAUCGGGGUAAUCGGGGUGGUGGUGGUGGAAGAGAGCUGGAGAGUAGGGUAGGGCAAUGGGUAGUUAUAUAGUUGUGUGGUUAUGUAUCGGGAG